AUGGCGCCUGGUACGCCUGCCAAAAAUCCCCCUUAUGACGAUCCGUCCAAUCCUUAUUUUCUUCCGAACAGCGAUAGCCCCGGAGUCCAACUGGUUACUCAGCAGCUGAACGGAGCAAAUUAUACAAGCUGGAAUCGUUCAAUGAUCACGGCACUUAUUGCCAAAAAUAAGCUCGCCUUCGUCGAUGGCUCGCUUCCUCGCCCACACCACUCAGAUCUGCUUUUCACUCAAUGGAUGCGGUGUAAUAGCAUGGUUGUUUCAUGGCUCCGCAAUUCGGUUAAUCCUGAAAUCAGCUCAAGCAUCAUCUACAUCGAUGAUGCAGCUCACAUAUGGAAUGAUCUCAAGGAUCGAUUCUCACAAGGUAACUUAGCCAGAAUUUGUCAGCUCAAACAACAACUCUUCACUCUUAAGCAAGGUUCUGAUGAUGUUGGUGCUUAUUUUACCAAACUACGUGUGCUCUGGGAUGAAUAUCGUGAUUAUCAACCUGUACGUUGGUGUAUUUGUGAAAAUUGUCGCUGCAACAGUUCUCGAAAAUGGAAUGAGUUUCAAAUGCAAGAGUGCUCGAUGCAAUUUCUAAUAGGUCUUAAUGCAUCCUAUUCUCAGAUCCGAUCUCAAAUUAUAUCUACUACGCCUUUUCCGUCACUAUCUAAGAUUUUUGCCUUGGUGUUGCAAGAGGAAAAGCAACGAUCUAUAGAUUUCAUUCCAACUCCUUUGACUUCUGGGAAUGGAGAUAUCUCUGGUUCCUUGAUAAAUGCUGCCGGUUAUGCUAGAGGUAAACCAGGCAGGGGAAAGUUCUUGUGCACCAAUUGUGGAAAAACGAAUCAUACGGUGGAUAAAUGUUUUGAGAUCAUUGGUUAUCCUCCAGGAUAUGGCAGAGGUAGAGGAAAAUCACAAGGUUUUACUCAUGAUUCUAAUUCUAGAUCUGUGAAUCAAACAAGUGCAGGUUAA